AUGGCUAUUGCGAACACGGUGGUCCUCCUCUAUUUUAUUAUAUUCUCAGUUCCGGUACGCGUGUUGGCUGCUUCACAACAACAGCUGCGUUUCGACGGAAAGGGGGAGUUUAGGAUACUGCAGGUGUCUGACAUGCACUAUGCGGAUGGCAAAUCAACCCCUUGUGAGGACGUCUUACCCCAACAAUUCCCCACUUGUUCCGACCUCAAUACUACGGCCUUCGUCCACCGCAUGAUCCUUGCCGAGAAACCUCACCUCAUCGUUUUCACCGGGGAUAACAUCUUUGGAUUUGAUGCAACGGAUGCAGAAACAUCUAUGAAUGCUGCCUUUGCCCCAGCAAUAUCCUCAAACAUUCCAUGGGCUGCUGUUCUGGGAAACCAUGACCAAGAAUCCACUCUCUCAAGGGAAGAUGUGAUGAAACAUAUUGUUGCCAUGAAGCACACCUUGUCUCAACUUAAUCCUCCUGAGGCCCACUUUAUCGACGGUUUUGGGAACUACAACCUGGAAGUCCUUGGCAUUGAGAAUUCCAGUUUUGUCAAUAAAUCAGUUCUAAAUCUGUACUUCCUUGACAGCGGUGAUUAUUCCACUGUUCCUUCCAUCCCUGGCUAUGGUUGGAUCAAACUCUCUCAGCAGCUCUGGUUUCAACAGACUUCCAUGAAGCUUCGGAGAUCAUACAUGAACCAGCCAGAGGCUCAGAAGGCUUCUGCUCCGGGGCUUAGAUCAUACAUGAACCAGCCAGAGGCUCAGAAGGCUUCUGCUCCGGGCCUUGUUUAUUUUCACAUUCCCUUGCCUGAAUAUGCAAGCUUUGACUCCUCGAACUUCACUGGUGUAAAGCAGGAAGGCAUUAGCUCUGCUUCUGUAAACUCUGGCUUCUUCACGACUAUGGUAGAAGCAGGGAAUGUGAAGGCCGUUUUCACAGGCCAUGAUCAUCUAAAUGAUUUCUGUGGUGAGUUAACUGGUAUACAGCUCUGUUAUGGUGGAGGCUUUGGAUAUCAUGCUUAUGGGAAGGCUGGAUGGGCAAGGAGGGCAAGAGUGGUUGUGGCAUCAUUAGAAAAAAUGAAGAAGGGAGGUUGGGGAGCGAUCAAGUCCAUCAAAACAUGGAAGCGCAUUGAUGAUGAUCACCUAACUGCUAUUGAUGGUCAGGUGCUUUGGAGCAAGAGCUCUGCAGAUGUAGACAACAGCGUUGGUUUAGGGAUGCUGAAGUGA